AGUCCAAUCCCGGAAGUGAGCGGCCGUGGGCAGGUCCCCUGACUUUCCCUUUCCGGCAGGUCCCCAUGGAGGCGCUGGGGAAGCUGAAGCAGUUCGAUGCCUACCCAAAGACUCUGGAGGACUUCCGGGUCAAAACAUGCGGCGGGGCCACAGUGACCAUCAUCAGCGGUCUCCUAAUGCUGCUGCUUUUCCUGUCCGAACUGCAGUAUUACCUUACGGCUGAGGUUCAUCCUGAACUCUAUGUUGACAAGUCUCGGGGAGACAAACUGAAGAUCAACAUUGAUAUUUUCUUCCCGCAUAUGCCCUGUGCCUAUCUGAGUAUUGACGCAAUGGAUGUGGCUGGGGAGCAGCAAUUGGACGUGGAACACAACCUAUACAAACAGCGUUUGGACAAGGAUGGCCACCCCGUAACCACAGAAGCCGAGCGUCAUGAGCUGGGGAAAGAGGAGGAAAAGGUGUUUGACCCCAGCUCCUUGGAUCCUGAUCGAUGUGAGAGCUGCUAUGGUGCCGAGUCCGAGGAUAGCAAGUGCUGUAACACAUGUGAAGAUGUGCGUGAAGCAUACCGACGGAGGGGUUGGGCCUUCAAGAACCCAGACACCAUCGAGCAGUGUCGACGUGAAGGCUUCAGCCAGAAGAUGCAAGAACAGAAGAAUGAAGGCUGCCAGGUGUACGGCUUCCUGGAAGUCAACAAGGUGGCCGGCAACUUUCACUUUGCACCUGGGAAGAGUUUCCAGCAAUCACAUGUGCAUGUCCAUGCUGUGGAGAUUCAUGACCUGCAGAGCUUUGGACUAGACAAUAUCAACAUGACUCACUACAUCCGACGGCUGUCUUUUGGGGAAGAUUAUCCAGGAAUUGUGAACCCACUGGAUGAUACCAACAUCACUGCCCCUCAAGCCUCCAUGAUGUUUCAGUACUUUGUGAAGGUAGUACCCACCAUCUACAUGAAAGUGAAUGGAGAGGUGUUGAGGACAAAUCAGUUCUCUGUGACAAGGCAUGAGAAAGUCGCCAAUGGGCUGAUUGGGGACCAGGGGCUUCCUGGAGUCUUUGUGCUGUAUGAGCUCUCACCCAUGAUGGUCAAACUGACAGAGAAGCACAGGUCCUUCACCCAUUUCCUUACUGGUGUCUGUGCCAUCAUUGGAGGCAUGUUCACAGUUGCUGGACUCAUUGACUCCCUGAUCUACCACUCUGCCCGAGCCAUCCAGAAGAAAAUCGAAUUGGGGAAGACAACAUAGUCACCGGAGCUGCAUGCUCCCAGGCCUGUCUUACAGUGUCUGACUUCCUAGUUGUGGCCCGGGCCCUACCCCCCCAUGAAUGCUGUCCUCAAAUUAUAAGACAUGCUCUGCCCUCCUGACCCCGCCCCUCCCCCUUCCAAGAUUUGGUAAAAUUGUGUGUUGUGAUGGUAUUGAGGUCUAAGUGUGUCUCCUCCCCCCAUCCCCAUAGUCCCUUUGCCUCAACUCUCAUGCUGCUCCUGUGUCUCAAAGGAAGAUCACUCCUGAUUUUUCCUCUUACAUUCCCACUUAACCCCGCUCUUCCCUAUAUUGGAAUCACCUGCCAAGGGUCAGAGCAAUGUGAGCCCCUUCCAAGAGAUGCUGGUCUCCCAAAUUUCACUUUUCCCUGGUUCUACCCAGCUCCUUCCAGAAGCUGAGGGAAGAAUUCAGCUUGGAAGAGUAGCUGAGACCAGCUACUGGUAUGGGGCAUUAGUGAGGAGUGGGAUCCUUUCAUUCUUAUUCACAACCUGGUUUAGGGGGGAGUAAAAGGGAUACCCCUUUCCCCAGGAAGCAUCUGCCCUAACUCUUCCCUUGGGUUAUCCAUGGGAUGGGAAGCACAAGGAAAAAGGAAGCAGCCACAGGAAGUAAAAAAACUCCAGGCUUCUGACCUGGAGUUCAUACCCCGUUCCCGUCUUGUAGUCUGCCUCAGACUGUGCUGGAAACUGAGGAGAAAGGAGAGUGAAGGGAAAAUCUGCAGAUGGCCAUGGCUUCUCUUGGGGGAGAAGUCCCUAAUGCCAGUUGAGUUCCACCUGUGCCUUAGUCACAGUGCAGACAUUGUCACCUCAACUUAGCCCUUCGCUGACUUCUCUAGGAUUUUCAUUCACCUGCAUAUAGCCCACAUCCAAGCAGAGCUGGGCAGUCAAACUUUCCCCGAGAGAAGCAUGAAACAGACGAAAGACAUUGCAAAGGCUGCUGUUGUGUUUACACAGGAGAGGUGAAGCUCUCUAUUUCCAGCACAGAGUGAAUGAGGAACAAGGGGACUGAUGCGCAUAAGCAGGAAGGGAGAACUUUCUAGACCUUCCUAAGUCUACAGUCUCCUUAAAAAUAAAGACAGAUCUUCAACUUGGUUUGGUUGAAAAUUAAUUUCCCAAGCAUCAGGCACCAAAUUGUAUUUCAAACUGAAAUAGAAUUAAUUUUUAAAAA